AAAAAUGUUUAAUCGGCAAAUUUUAUAUUUGUUUUUGAUUUUAGUUUUGGUUAGCGAUACCUGUGCGUUUUGGUUCCCUUGGCCUGCUCGUAAAAAUAAUGAGAAAUCUUCAAGUAGUUCAUCUGAAGAACAUCAUGGCUGGUGGCAUCCUCAUUGGCGAUCUUUUGAAAGAGGAAGACAUGGAGGUAUACAUCACCACAAACACAAAGACACAUCUACAUCAUUUCCGGCUUCUACAGGCACAGUCUCUCCACCUUCAACAACAACUUGAA